UGUGUAUUGUACAUAGGGAGACUAACAGUGUGUACUGUACACAGGGAGGCUAACAGUGUGUAUUGUACACGGAGACUAACAGUGUGUACUGUACACAGGGAGGCUAACAGUGUUUAUUGUACACAGGGAGACUAACAGUAUGUACUAUACUUAGAAACUAAUUAGUUGACACAUAGAAUUCAGAUAUUGUCCAUAUUUGAGUGAUUAAAUUUAAAACACUCACUUAUGCUGUUUUUGUUACCACCAGGAAUGAGUGCCUUCAGUUUACAGCCGUUCGACAGACCAGAUGGGAACCAGUCAUGGAAGGUCCUCCGGCUAGUUCCCCCGAGUUUGAUCGCUGUGUCACUCCUCUUUGCCUGCUGUCUUCAGGGGAGUUAAAUCCAUUGUGGAAGGAAGUUGAUGUUGCUGGAGUGGUAUUGAGGGUGGGGCUGUUGAACAAAGGGCUUCAGUUGGUGCACAUUGUUGAUCACCACAUUAACAUCCUCACUCUCAAGUUCUGGGGAGGUCUCAAGGAAUAUGGAGUGGAGAAUAUCGUUGCAAUUGGGUCUGUGAUAUGCGUGUUGAAUGGUAACUGGCGUGGGCAUGCAGGUGGAAGGUUUGGAAGCAUCCAUGUUACAGAACUGACCUUCAUUACCUCUUCACCACGAAGCGCCCACCUACUUGAAGCUGUUGCUCAUCUGAAAAACAGUAUAAAGGUGAGAAUUCAGGAUGUCUACAGUGUAACAGAAGGAAGCUUAGUGAUUUGCAUAUUUCCACCCACUUGUGUUUCCAAGUACUGUAUCUCCAGGGGUUAUGAAGCAUGAGAUCUCAUAUAGUCGAGCAGAGUUUUGAUAAGCACUGAAUCCUUUGGGAGAAAACUUGUAAACCUGGUGCCACAAUGGUCCCUAAUACAACCACCAUUCU